UACACCGGCUGCUGCGUGUUCCCUUCAACUGCGUCUUUGUAUAUAAGUUCUCUUGAAAUUGAAUCGUCAUCCCUCUCGGUGCGACAGUGACCAUGGCGUCUACGGGGAGUCUGUUCCUCCGGCAAUUUGCAAUACUAUGCUGGAAGAACUGGAUCGUUCUCUCUAAGCAUUCGCUUUUGAACAUCCUGCGUUGCUUGCUGUUGCCCGUCGGAUACGGAAUUUUCCUUGCUGUCGCGCAGACAUUCCUGUUAAAGCCAAACAACUACGGUUUUGGCUCUCCUAUCUCCGUCUACAAUUUCCAGAAUCGGUUUGAUGGCUCUCUAUCUUUAAUCUGGGCUGAUGGAACCAAUGGUACUGGAACACCUUCUGCGGAACAGGUCAUGGCUCGCAUCACUAGUAACUUCGCGCCAAAUCAACUCCAAGCAGUUAAGCAGGUUGUGUCACCUGCGGACAUUCCAUCCCAAUGUCCACAAAACUUCAACCUAUUCUCUGAAUGCUUUGCUGCAAUUGCGUUCAACUCCCUUCCAAUGAAUGCUACGGAUACGACUCCGAUUAAUUACACCAUAAGUGCCGAUGGAGGACUUGCCUACAUCGAUGUGUACGGUCAUAGCAGUGAUUUCGAGACACGUAUUCUACCGUUACAAUGGGCAAUUGACCAGGCAAUUAUUUCGCUUAGAUCUGGACAGGGAGUACCCACUCCAAUGGAAUGGCCGUACACUUUGGAAACCAACCAACAACAGGCUACGGAUACUAGACUUAGUUUCAUCAGAGGCAUCCGGAAUCUUCUUGUUAUUGCACUGUUUAUUUGUUAUAUUGGAAUUGCGUACCAACUUCCAGGGGCAUUCACCGGCGAGAGAGCCAACCUUGUGACUAGCCAUAUGAAGGCCAUGGGUCUACUUGAUGCUGCUAGAAUAACAUCAUGGCAUAUCAGUCUGUCUGUAGCAUAUCUUCCUGCAUGGGUUAUUGUUUCUAUCGUAUGGCACUACCGAAUUUUCACCGGCACCAAUGUCGGCCUGGUGCUUAUUGUGCACCUUCUGUUCGGAUUCUCGCUUGCCAGUUGGACCUUCUUCGUCGCGGCUCCUUUUGGCAAGAGUCCUCAGCUUGCGGCUGUGGCAUCUACGUUCCUUGGUAUCAUGUUUGGUAUUCUCGCGCUGGUCUUCAGCAGAGCCAGCACGGGUGCGGCGACUAUUUUUACCUUAAUUUUUCCACCCGGGUACUACGUCUUCGCUAUCCGUGCCAUAUGUGGCUGGGAAAACCACCAGAUUCCAACCAAUAUCCUCAAGCCAGAUCCGGAUAGCAAUCUAAUUUUGUUGCCCUUGAUCAUUGCCGCCAUUAUUGACGUGUUCCUAUGGCCAUACUUGGGUGUCCUGCUUGAGAGGAGGCUCUAUGACGCCCGGGAACCAUCCUCAGGCUUCUGGUCAUGCUGUCGCAGGCAGAAAAAGGCUCACUUGCCACCGCAUCCUGAUGGGGUUGCGAUUUCUAUCAGGAACUUGGGAAAGACAUUUUCCCCUUCCAUGUUCCACCGUGAGAAGCAACCAGUUACUGCCGUCGCAGACUUGUCUCUCGAUGUCCCGAAGUCCGGUAUCUUUGUUCUGCUGGGAUCAAACGGCGCCGGCAAGUCAACAGCAUUAUCAAUUAUUGGAAAUCUCCUCGGGCGCAGCACUGGAUCUAUCACUUUUGAGGGCGGUGUCUCUCGUCCUCCCCGUGGAACUCUCGGCAUUGUGCCUCAGAAAAAUGUGAUAUUCCCCGAGCUGUCUUGCUAUCAAACUCUCCGCGUAUGGCGUGCGGUGAAGCAUUCUGCUCAAUCGAUCGACGAAGACGAAGAUUUCGAGCAGCUACUGCGCGACUGCGAUCUUGGCAAAAAAAUCCACUCCAACGCUAGCACUCUCUCGGGUGGUCAGAAGCGCAAGCUGCAGCUUGCUAUUGGACUUAUUGGAGGCUCCAAGAUCGUGCUUGUGGAUGAGUGUACAUCUGGCGUCGAUCCAUUAUCCCGCCGGGCCUUGUGGAGGAUUCUGACAUCUGUUCGCCAUGACCGGACUAUUGUGUUCACCACUCAUUUCUUGGAUGAAGCCGAUCUCUUGGCUGAUAAGAUAGCCAUCCUUGCCGCGCCAGGCAAGCUGGUGGCUGAGGGCACCCCUGUCGCUCUGAAGUCAAACCUUGGGCAGGGAUACAGCAUCCAAGUCAUGUUUGACUUCCCUGAUUUGACUGAGAAGGACCUUCCAAAAGCACCGUCGGUAACUUUGGAUCGUAUUCGCCAAGUGUCCCCCCAGUGCUCCAUGUCACUCGCAUCGCCGAGCCAAGCGUCAUACCACCUCAAGUCGAAGGAUUCUGUUGUUGUGGAGAAGGUCCUCCAGUUGUUGGAUAAGGAGCGCGACGCCCUUCGCAUCGCUUCCUACGAUGUGUUGGGAACGUCCAUUGAAGAUAUCUUCCUAGAUCUCAUGGCCCGUCAAACUCGUAGCGCCUCUCCCGAUGGCACUGAAAAAUCCAUCUCAAGUUCAGGUGGCAUUUCUGAGCCCAUCCUGCCCGACUUGACUGGUGUCCCAUCGGCUCCAGCCAAAGCCCUCGAGCUUACCGAUGGACGACCUCGUUCUCCUCUUAGCCAGGCUUUGACGAUUUUUUAUAAGCGUGCAUUGAUCGCCCGCAGAAGUUGGCUGACACCUUUGUUGGUCGUCCUCAUCGCGGUUUGCGGCUCAUGUAUCCCGCUAGUUUUUCUAUCUGGCCAGACAGCAACAUGUACCCUCCAGUUCAAGAACGAGACCGUCAUUCCUUUGUACUUCCCAGACUCGCCUAUCUACUAUCGGGCGUCUGGACCUGGUACCCAGAUCUUGACGUCACCCCCGAAUAUCACUGCGACUCUCGGAAAGACUGCCAUGUUCCUGAAAACGGAGAACGUUCCUGAUAAUGCAACCUUCGUCUCGACGAUUGAACAGGACUACCUAAACUUGUCGUUUGGCGGGAUUUCAAUAGAUAUGCAGACCGGCGACUCAUUAUUUGCGUGGGAGGCAACCCCGCCUGGUUUCACUGGUCCGACAAUGAUGAAUCUGGCGACAAAUAUACUGUACAAUCGGGCAUUGAACGCGUCUGGGAACGCUGCAAGCACACCGAGCCUCAUUUUAGCAAAUUAUGCUAGUUUCCCCCAUCUUGCUGCAGGGACUCUGGUUGAUCUCAAGUGGGUCGCGUUCUUUGGGGCCGCUAUGGCUGUAUUCCCUGCGUUCUUCUCCCUCUAUGUCUCUAGAGAGCGAAGGUCAGCCGUACAAGCCAUGCAGCUAUCGAACGGACUUUCAGAUCCCAUUGGGCUUUGGAUUGGCCAUCUCCUAUGGGACUCGAUAUUCUCGGUGAUACUAGCUACGAUAAUUAUCAUCAUCUUCGCAGUUACCACGAAUCAAUUCAACGGCCUUGGUUUCUUUUGGGUCAUCCUCGUUUUGUAUGGCAUCGUUGGCGCGUUAUUUGCGUACUGCGUAUCGUUGUUCAUGUCGUCGCCACUGUCCUCUUUUGCAGCAGUGGCAGGGUACCAGAUCGUCAUGUAUAUUUUGUACCUGGCUGGAUAUCUCCUGACGCUGACUUACGCAAUGACGUCUCAGUCGAGUACUAUUAUCACGAUUAUCCACUUCACGCUUUCAGUGUUAUCACCUGUGGCUAGUGUUAUGCGUGCGGCCUUCGUGUCAGUGAACCUUUUCUCCCUGCUUUGCGAUGGCACGACUCCCGUGACAACGGCAUCACUUGGUGACAUCAUGAGAUAUGGAGGACCCAUCCUCUACCUCUUUGUUUAUGGCUUUGUGCUGUUCGGCAUUCUUGUAUGGGUCGAUUCUGGGUCGAUCAUCCCUCGUCGAUUCCUCAAUACCAAGAAACGGCAAGUACGAAUGAACGAACUGCAGGCCAACUUUGAGGCCAACAGACAAGAUGUGGCCGCUGAAGCGCAUGCAGUGGGACACUCCAGCGAUGCGCUGCGGCUUCUCCAUCUUACCAAGGCAUUUGGUGGAAAUAAGGUUGUUGAUGACGUGUCUUACGGGGUGUCUCGGGACACCAUUUUCGCCAUGCUUGGGCCUAACGGAGCUGGCAAAACUACCACCUUCAAUAUGAUUCGUGGCGACGUAGUUCCGGACAUGGGAGAUGUAUUGAUCAAAGGGACAUCGGUGUUGACCUCUCCGAGGACUGCACGUCUAUCCUUGGGAGUCUGCCCACAGUUUACCGCGAUUGACUCUCAGCUGACUGUCCGAGAACACCUCAUGAUCUACGGUCGUCUAAAGGGCCUCAACAGGGGCCAUGAGCUGAAGUCGAAUGUUGAGGCACUCAUGGUUGCUACAUCAUUGCAUGUGUAUGCCGACCGACUAGCGAGUCAACUGUCCGGCGGGAAUCAGCGCAAGCUCUCCCUUGCCAUCGCCCUUAUCGGUAACCCCUCGGUUGUCCUCAUCGAUGAGUUCUCUACAGGAGUUGAUGCAAAGAUGAAGAGAGAUAUGUGGGGCACUCUCAGAAACGUCGCUGUCGGUAAAGCAGUCGUUAUCACAACACAUUCCAUGGAAGAAGCUUCAGCUCUCGCAAACAAGGUUGGCAUUAUCUCUAAACAGCUGCUGGCUGUUGGUACAAUAGAGAACCUGGCCUCACGUUAUGCCACAUACCAAGUGCACUUCUCUUGUCCGACACGAGAAGACGUGACUAGAGCUCAGGUUCUCAUGAGUCGUAUUCCGGGCUCCCGUCUAGCCGACGAUGUUGCCACGCGCUUCGAAGUUCCCAUACAAGAAGGCAAUGGGCUCACCCUUGCACAACUAUUCCAUGUUCUCUCAGUCUCAGGGCGAUUUCCAGGAGUACAGUGUGGAAAAGGCGACACUAGAGAGCGUGUUCCUGAAGGUUAUUAGAGGAAAUAAUGUCCUCGAGGAAGACAAUUCCUCUGGAACACAACGCAGAUUUCGAUUUUGGUAGGGCUGUAAGUUGCUCAACUAUU